AUGUUUCCAUGGUUGCAUCAGCUGGAAGCUAACUGGGAAGCUAUUCGAGAUGAGCUGAUUUUGUUCGUGAAAAAUGGCGCUGGAAUGUGCAACGUACACACAACUGGUGGCAGCGAGCUCAAUACAGAAAGCAAAUGGAAACUGGCGAUGAUUUUAGGCUACGGCAAACCCAUAGACGAGAUUAAGACUUUUUUUCCUGUCACACUCUCGAUAUUAACAAAGCUUCCUGAAGUUCAAAAUGCUGCAUUUUCACUUCUGAAAGCAGCAGGAUCAAUUCCGCCGCACUCUGGGUCUACCGCGUCUAUUCUUCGCUAUCAUCUGGCGUUGAUUGUACCAUACAACGGGAAACGUUCAUGGCUGACAGUAAAUCGGCGUUGA